UGUGAUUAUUGUAAAAUUUGUUGAUUUCCUUUAGAAAUUAUUAAAUAUGAGUGAAAAGAUUGUGAUACUAAGUAUUAACGGAAAGAACACGUCUAAAGUGCAUAUAGAUCUUCCAGGGGACAUUUCCGAUUUACUAAAAAUUGCUUCUAUUAAGUUGAAUAUAGCAGCACAGAAAAUAUUCUUAGAAGAUGGAACAGAAAUCAGUGAUAUUAAGUUUAUUCGCAACAAAGAUUUGUUGUAUUUUUCAGAAGGUGAAGAUUUUAAACAAGCUCAACUUACAGUUAGCAAUGACCAUAGUUCAGAUUGGAUUACUUUAAAUGUAGGGGGAAGGUGUUUUACUACAUCUAAACGAACUUUAACAAAUAGUGAACCAUCGAGUAUGCUUGCAAGAAUGUUUUCAGAAGAUAUAGAAGGAUAUUUAUUUACACCAAGCAGUAUUGAUAAAGAUGGAGCCUAUUUAAUUGAUAGAACACCAACAUACUUUGAACCUUUAUUGAAUUAUCUUCGUUGUGGACAGUUAGUCUAUGAUAAAAAUGUUAAUCCAGAAGGAAUCCUCGAGGAAGCUAAAUUUUUUGGUAUUGAAUCAGUAAUUCCCUUAUUGGAACAGAUUAUUUCAAAAGAGAAGCUCAAUAGAGAUACACUUCCCCUUACUCGUAGAGAUGUAAUUGAAGCUUUAAUAAAGAGCCCCCAUUCUGCGGAACUGAGAUUUCAGGGAGUAAACUUGUCAGGGUCUGAUUUGAGUAGACUUGACUUAAGGAAUAUUAAUUUUAAAUAUGCCAACUUACAAGGAUGUAAUUUAAUGGGAGCAAAUUUGAGCUGGUGUUGUUUGGAAAGAGCUGAUCUGUCACAUGCUGUAUUGGAUACUGCUCAAUUGUUGGGUGUUAAAAGUUUGUGUGCCAAUUUUGAAGGAGUAACUAUGAGAAACUGCAAUUUUAAAGAUCCAGCAGGAAGUAGAGCUAAUAUGGAAGGUGUUAAUCUCAAAGGUGCAAUUUUAGAAGGUAGUGAUAUGGGUGGAGUGAAUUUGAGAGUUGCAACUUUAAAACAUGCCAAUUUAAAAAACUGUGAUUUAAGAACUGCUGUACUUGCUGGAGCAGACUUAGAGAAUUGUGAUUUGUCUGGGAGUGAUUUACAUGAAGCCAACCUGAGAGGAGCCAAUCUCAAAGAUGCCGCAUUUGAAUUGAUGUUGACUCCUCUACAUAUGUCUCAGACCAUACGGUAGUUAGCGUUGUUAAGAAACAGCGUUUGGGAAAAUACACCACGAAUUUAACGUAAAAUCAUAUAUGUAUGAUUCUUAUCCUUUUUUAAAUCAUCUAUAACAGUUUAGAACUGGAUACCAUAUGUUAAAAUGAUUAUAUAU